GGGGGAGCUCCUGCCUGGAAACAUCGUGAAUAGUAACUGCUGUUGAUUUUCCCUGAAAGCGUUUAUGACCUUACCACGCCGCUAAAAUAAAGCAGGACCCAUGUGAGCAGUUUCUGCUGGAAACACGUUUACAGACACGCACGAGUGCACGUGCUGUUUGCUCACUCCUGACUAGAGCUCUCUGUAGUUUAUGAUUUGGAAGAAACGAGCCUCAGGUUUGGUCAUUGCUCUGAGGUCACUCUUUCCCACAUUUACACCGGUAAGAACUCGAACUUAGCUAGAAGGCUAAUUAAUUCUCUGUUACUUGGUAAGUUUCUUGCGUGGUUGUGAGACAUAAUAGCCAACAUACUGCAUGGUGGCCUGCGCUGUGUGCUCCUCCAUUUUUAGCUCAGAUAAGUUGUUUUUUUUAUUUUAGGUUUCCAUACUACCCCUCAAAAGCGCCUUAAUUUCUUUCCCCAUAUUCCUUCCCUCAACCCCCUCUUAUUUUAUUUAUUUAUUUUUGCCACACCAAAGAAAUCCUUGCCCUUUUUCCAGGAAUGAAUGGUUUUGGAGUGACUCCUUUCUUUCCCUUUUGGAAAGAGAAGGUGUUCUUUUCUGAAGAGGAUUUCUUCUCUGUGUUUCUCCAAAUGUGUUAAUGAUCUCCCCUCCCCGUGUACACGUGGCUCACAGGGCGUGACUGAAGGGAGGGUCAGUACAGUGACGCCCUCUGGGUGGGAGCUCCAGUGAGCAGUGUGUGAACUAGCAGAGGCCUUGGUUCUUGACAGGUGUGCCUUCCCAUAAUGCCCGUGGAAGCGAACCGUCGGUCAAGGGGGAUGGCAUUCGAGAGAGUAGCCUUUACUUACUCAGCCGUCUCUUCCUCAAACACAGGCACCCAAAAAGAAAGGGAAGAAAGGCAAAGCCAAGGGCAACCAGAUUGUGGAUGGGCUCGCACCAGAGGACAUGACCAAGGAGCAGGGCGCCUCACUUGAUGCCCUGUGCCUGGCCAGGUGGAGGAACAUGUUGCCCGCAUCCGGGAGGAGCUGGAUCGGGAGCGAGAGGAACGCAACUACUUUCAGCUAGAGCGCGACAAAAUCCACACCUUUUGGGAGAUCACAAGAAGGCAGCUGGAGGAAAAGAAGGCUGAGCUUCGAAACAAAGACCGUGAGAUGGAGGAGGCAGAGGAGCGGCACCAGGUGGAGAUCAAGGUGUACAAGCAGAAAGUAAAGCACCUGUUGUACGAGCAUCAGAACAACCUGGCGGAGGUGAAGGCCGAGGGCACUGUCGUCAUGAAGCUGGCCCAGAAGGAGCACCGCACGCAGGAGGGCGCACUGCGCAAGGACAUGCGGGCGCUGAAAGUGGAGCUCAAGGAGCAGGAGCUGGCUAAUGAGGUGGUGAUAAAGAACCUGCGUCUGAAACAUGCUGAGGAGAUCACCAAGAUGCGAAAUGACUUUGAAAGGCAAGUUCGAGAAAUUGAGGCCAAGUACGAUAAGAAGAUGAAGAUGCUGAGAGAUGAGCUGGACCUGCGGAGAAAGACUGAGAUCCAUGAGGUGGAGGAGAGGAAGAAUGGGCAGAUCAGCACGCUGAUGCAGCGCCAUGAGGAAGCUUUCACUGAUAUCAAGAACUACUACAAUGACAUCACUCUGAACAACCUGGCCCUAAUCAAUUCCCUCAAGGAGCAGAUGGAGGACAUGCGGAAGAAAGAAGAACACCUGGAGAGGGAGAUGGCGGAGGUGUCUAUGCAGAACAGGCGGCUGGCAGACCCUCUGCAGAAAGCAAAGGAUGAGAUGAACGAGAUGCAGAGGAGAAUUGGGAGCUAUGAAAGGGACAAGCACAUCCUGAUUUGCACAAAGGCACGUUUAAAGGUUGUUGAAAAAGAGCUGAAAGACCUGCAAUGGGAGCACGAGGUGCUGGAACAGAGGUUCAUCAAGGUGCAGCAGGAGAGAGACGAGCUCUAUCGUAAGUUCACUGCAGCCAUCCAGGAGGUGCAGCAAAAGACAGGCUUCAAGAACCUGGUGUUGGAGCGUAAACUGCAGGCACUGAAUGCUGCUGUGGAGAAGAGGGAGGUGCAGUUCAACGAGGUGCUGGCAGCCUCCAACUUGGAUCCUGCAGCACUAACGCUUGUGUCCCGCAAACUUGAGGAUGUCCUAGAGUCAAAGAAUACCACCAUCAAGGACUUACAGUAUGAGCUGGCCCGGGUCUGCAAGGCCCACAAUGACCUACUGCGUACAUAUGAGGCAAAGUUACUGGCCUUCGGGAUCCCUCUGGACAAUGUGGGAUUCAAGCCCCUGGAGACAGCAGUGAUUGGACAGACACUGGGACAGGGUCCUGCAGGACUUGUGGGUGCCCCUACAUAGCCACCUUCUGGGGGCUUCCGCCUUUAGAGUUGGCCUGCCUCACUUUCCAAAAGAUACCUAUUCUACUCCAAGAACAGACUUCAUCAGCAAUGAAAGUUUUUCCAUAUUUCCUUUGUCUUUGUUGGGAAGAAGCCUGCAAGGCUUCUAAGGUCUCCUUGUCUACCUGCUUCCGUGUACUGCCCGGUUUGUGUCGUAUUUGCCCCUUUGUGUCCUGCCUCCAACCUCUGCGUACUAACCUCUCCAGCAAGAGGGCAACUCGGUGUCCUUUGUUGAGCAUGAAGCCCAUGCUCUUGAUUUGGCUGGGCAGCUCAACCAGAGAGGACUGGCAGGCUUCCUUUUUGGGCUAGGCUCUGCACAACCUCUCCUCUCUGUGACUUUUCUUACGCAGUUCAGGACCACUUUGCCCAGGGGUGGCACUGCCUGCAGUGGGCUGGAUACUCCACAUCAAUUAUUAAUCAAGAAAAUGGCACACAGACUUGACCACAGGCAUCUGAUGGUGGCA